CCCGAGAAGUGGGACGUGGUGACGCGCAAGGGCAGCGGCGACACCGAUCUGGUCGACCGGGUCAAGCUGCUCAUUGUUGACGAAAUCCACCUGCUCAACGAGGACCGCGGCAGCGUCAUCGAGACGCUGAUCGCGCGCACGCAGCGGCAGGUCGAGGCGCGGCAGUCGAUGAUCCGCCUGGUGGGGCUGAGCGCCACACUGCCGAACUACGUUGACGUCUCGAACUUUCUCGGCGUCAAUCCGCACCGCGGCCUGUUCUACUUUGACUCGGGGUUCCGGCCGGUGCCGCUGGAGCAGCACUUUGUCGGCGUGCACGGAAAGGCUGGGUCGCAGGCCACAGCACGGCUGCUGAACCGCACGUGCUACGAGCGCGUGCGCAAACUGGUGGCUGACGGCCACCAGGUGAUGGUGUUUGUGCAUGCACGCAAGGACACGGUCAAGACGGCGCAGGCGCUGAUCGAGCUGGCGCAGGCCGACGGGGUGAUGGACGAGUUUGCGGCGCCGCCGCCGCCGCCGCCGAGCAGCGGUGGCGGUUCUGGAAUUGCGCGGCUGGCAAAGUCGCCGAACCGCGAGCUGCGCGAGCUGGUGCCGUCAGGGUUCGGCAUCCACCACGCUGGAAUGCUGCGCGGCGACCGUACGCUGGUCGAGGAGCUGUUCACGCAGGGCACGGUGCGCGUGCUGUGCUGCACAUCGACGCUGGCGUGGGGCGUCAACCUGCCGGCGUAUGCGGUGGUGAUCAAGGGCACGCAGGUAUACAACGCGCAGAAGGGUGCGUUCACCGACCUGUCGAUCCUCGACGUGCUGCAGAUCUUUGGGCGCGCCGGGCGGCCGCAGUACGAGUCGCACGGCGUUGGGUUCAUUCUGACGACGCACGACCGGCUCGCGCACUACGUGUCGGCGAUCACCAUGCAGCACCCGAUCGAGUCGCGGUUCGCAGCCAACAUGGUCGACAACCUCAACGCCGAGGUGGCGCUGGGCACGGUGACCAGCAUUGCCGAGGGUGUUGCGUGGCUCGGGUACACGUACAUGCUGAUCCGCAUGCGCAAGAACCCGCUGGCGUACGGGCUGUCGGGCGACGAGCUAGCCGAUGACCCGCAGCUGGGCGCACGGCGCAGCGAGCUGAUCGUCGAGGCGGCGCGCGCGCUCAGCCAGCUGCAGAUGAUUGUGUUCGACUCGGCCACCGGGUUCAUGGCGCCCAAGGACCUGGGGCGCAUCGCGUCGGCAUACUACCUGCGGCACCAGAGCGUCGCGGUGUUCAACUCUGCGAUGCGCGCGCGCAUGACCGAGGCCGACGCCAUUGCGCUGCUGAGCCGCAGCACCGAGUUCGACCAGAUCCGCGUGCGCGCGGCCGAGGAGAAGGAGCUCAAGCAGCUGCUCGGCUCGGCCUGCUGCUGCGACGUCAAGGGCGGGCUUGACAGUCCCGCAGCCAAGACAAACGUGCUGCUGCAGGCCGGCAUCUCGCGCGCGCGCAUCGAGGACUUUUCGCUGGUGUCAGACGCGGCGUACGUGGCGCAGAACGGCGCGCGCAUAGUGCGUGCGCUGUUCGAGAUUGCGCUCAGCCGCCGGUGGGGCCCGGCCGCGGCCGUCGCGCUGUCGCUCAGCAAGGCCAUCGAGAAGCGCAUGUGGCCGUUCGAGCACCCGCUCAAGCAGCUGGGCGUGGCGCACGAGGUGAUGCGGCGGCUGGAGGGCGGGAGCGUCGACCUCGAGCGCAUGCGCGACCUGGACGCGGCCGAGCUCGGCGCAAUGACGAACAACCACCGCUACGGCGCCACGCUGGCUGCGCUGGUGCGCCAGGUGCCGCGGCUGGAGCUGUCGGCGUCGGUGGCGCCCAUCACGCGCACGGUGCUGCAGGUGACGCUGACGGCCACGGCAGCGUUCGAGUGGAGCGACCGCGCGCACGGGAUGGCCGAGGCGUUCUGGGUGUGGGUCGAGGACGCCGACAACACCGAGAUCUACCACGCCGAGAGCGUCGUGGUGCGGCGGCGCUCGCUCCGCACGCCCGCAGUGUCCGUGUUCACGAUCCCCGUGCACGAGCCGCUGCCGCCGCAGCUCUUCGUGCGCGCCGUGUCCGACCGCUGGCUGGGCGCCGAGACCGUGGCGGCCGUGUCGCUGCGGCACGUGCAGCUGCCCGAGCUCUGCGACGCGCACACGGACCUGCUGGACCUGCAGCCGCUGCCGGUGUCGGCGCUGCAGGACGCGGCGCUCGAGGCCAUCUGCCGCGCGCGGUUUGCGCACUUCAACCCGGUGCAGACGCAGAUCUUCCACACGCUGUACCGCCAGCCGCUCAACGCGCUGGUGGGCGCGCCCACCGGGUCCGGCAAGACCGUGGCGGCCGAGCUGGCGCUGUGGUGGGCGUUCCGCGAGCACCCGCGCCAGAAGGUCGUCUACAUUGCGCCGCUCAAAGCGCUGGUCAAGGAGCGCGUGGCCGACUGGCGCGCGCGGCUGUGCGGGCCGCUGGGCCGGUCGCUGGUCGAGAUGACCGGCGACGCCAGCCCCGACCCCGACGCCGUGCGGCGCGCCGACAUCAUCGUCACGACGCCCGAGAAGUGGGACGGCGUCAGCCGCGCGUGGCAGGCGCGCGACUACGUGACGCGCGUGGCGCUGGUGAUUAUCGACGAGAUCCACCUGCUGGGCGGCGACCGCGGCCCGAUCCUCGAGGUCAUUGUGUCGCGCAUGAACCACAUUGCCGCGCAGACCGGCCGCAGCGUGCGCAUCGUCGGGCUGUCGACGGCGCUGGCCAACGCGCGCGACCUGGCCGCGUGGCUGGGCAUCACGCGCGCCGGGCUGUUCAACUUCCGCCACAGCGUGCGGCCGGUGCCGCUGGAAAUGUACAUCGACGGCUUUGCCGGCCGCCACUACUGCCCACGCAUGGCCGCGAUGAACCGCCCGGCGUACCGCGCCAUCCGCACGCACUCGCCGCAAAAGCCUGUGCUGAUCUUUGUGAGCUCGCGGCGCCAGACGCGGCUGACGGCGCAGGAUCUGAUUGCGUUCUGCGGCGUCGAGGACAACCCGCGCCACCUGCUGCACAUGGCCGACGCCGAGGCUGACGCUGCGAUGGCGCGCGCGCACGACGCGCACCUGCGGCUGGCGCUGGGCUUUGGCAUCGGCAUGCACCACGCGGGGCUGACCGAGGCCGACCGCGUGCUGUGCGAGGAGCUGUUCCUGGCGCGCAAGAUCCAGGUGCUGAUCGCCACGUCGACGCUGGCGUGGGGCGUUAACCUGCCGGCGCACCUGGUGAUCCUCAAGGGCACCGAGUUUUACGACGCCAAGACCAAGGGCUACGUCGACCUGCCCAUCACCGACGUGCUCCAGAUGAUCGGCCGCGCCGGCCGCCCGCAGUUCGACGACCGCGCUGUUGCGCGCAUUUUCGUGUCCGACGGCAAGAAGGAGUUCUACAAGCGCUUUUUGCACGAGCCGUUCCCCGUCGAGUCGUCGCUGCACAAGCACCUGCAUGAGCACAUCAACGCCGAGGUCGCCACUGGAGCCAUUGGCUCGGCGCAGGAUGCCGUCGACUACCUGUCGUGGACGUACCUGUUCCGGCGCCUGCGCCAGAACCCGUCGUACUACGGCGUCGAGGACGCCUCGGAGGCUGCCGUCAACCGCUUUUUGUCGCAGAUGAUCAUGCAGUGCUUCACCGACCUGCACCGCGCCCAGUGCAUUACGCUGGAGCAGGACGGCGCGCGCGUAACUGUUGGUCCGACGCCGUUGGGCCGGAUUGCGUCGCAGUACUACCUGUCGCACACCACCAUGCUGACCUUUGCCACGCGGCUGCCGGCCAUCGAUCGCGCGCACCCGCUCGGCGGCCUUCUGCAUUUGCUCAGCGACGCCGCGGAGUGGGCGGAGAUUCCCGUGCGCCACAACGAGGACCUGCUGAACCGCGAGCUUGAGCGCUCCGUGCCCUAUGCGCUCGGCAAGGCGCAGGUGGUGGAUUACCUCAGUCCGCACGCUAAAACCUGCCUGCUUGUGCAGAAACACAUGGUGCGCGGAGACCUGCCAUGCAGCGAUUAUGCGACGGACACGCGCACGGUGCUGGACUCGUCCAUUCGCAUUCUGCAGGCGAUGGUUGAUGUUGCCGCUUAUAUGGGGCUGCUGGCCCCUGCGGUUGCUGCUAUGGAGCUGAUGCAGGCGAUCAAGCAGGCGAGCAUGCCUGGCGACUCGCCGCUAUGCCAGAUUUCCCCAGGGAUGGAUCUGGGCGAGAUCAAGAGUUUGUUUGGCUUGGCUGGUGCGCGCCCGAGCGGGAGGGGGAAGGGGCGCGCGCAGCAACCGAGGUGCCUUGGCAGCCUCCUGGUUAUGUCCGACGCCCAGCUGCGCGACUUUUUUGCCCCCCUGGCUGCGCGCCGUGGCCCGGCCGAUGUCCAGGCGUGGUGUGAGGCUGUGCGUGCGCUGCCGCCUGUCGAUGUGACGAUUGCGCCAGGCACCGCCACGGCCACGGCCACCGCCGAUGCUGAUGCUGAUGCCGCCAGGGAGGAGUCCAAAAUGGACUCGUUCUGCGGUCUGCUGCCGAUGACGCAGUACUCCAUGGUGAUUACGCUCACGUACACACGGCCCGAGAGUGGGUUUGGGAAGCCUGGGUUUAUGUGCGAGCCUGGCCAGGCGUAUACGCCGAGGUUUGGCAAGACCCAGUAUGAGGGGUGGUGGGUGGUUCUAGCACAGGGCGAGGAGGAGCUUUUGGCGGUUAAGCGUGUGUCUAUGCAGGGCAAGGUGGCUAAUAAUGCUAGGGUGAAGAAUGCGCCGGAGGCGAUGAAGACGCCAGAAACGAGAUCUGUUAGAUUGGCGUUUAUUACGCCGCAGGCCAUUGGAAAGUAUAAACUGAGGCUGUUGCUCGUGAGUGAUGCCUAUUUGGGUUUGGACCAGGAGUUCGAAGUGGAGAUUGAGGUUGUUGGCGCACAGGACCAGAUGGUUGUGCCGACGGACCCGUCGUUCAUCAGCAAGGAGAAGAUGAAGGAGUACCAGUGAAAAAAUAAUUUAGUUUUAAUUAGAAUAAAUUAAAUAUACUUU